UGGGCAGUUUCUGGUUAUACACUGACUUCACCACAACUGAAGUAAAGGGCACACUUAUCUGGGUCGCUGUAGUCUCAUGAAAAUAUAUUUAAGGUGAUUCUCAGAAUGCUUGCUGCAGAUUUCCUUGUAUUCAGCACCAUUAUAUCAGCUGCUAAUAGCAUGGAAAUAUCGGUCCCCAAAACCCUGAACACCAUCAGCGGCUCCUGCCUUUUGAUUCCCUGCCAAUUUGAAAUUUCAAAGGAGAGCGAAAAAUAUCUUAACCUUUCGCCAGUGGUAACCUGGAGACGAGCAACUCUGUGGCACUUCUAUGAUAGAGAGUCUUUUACCGACGCUCACAGGCAGAUGGAACCUCUGAUAAAUGUGGUGGGCGACUUACGAAAGAAAAACUGCACUUCUGUCAUGAUCAAUCUCACCAGCCGGCAUUCAGAUCGCUACUUCUUCAGGUUUUCAGCAAAGGACUUUGCUGUGAUUUCAACUAAAGCUGUUUAUAUAGAUGUGUCAGUUUCUAUACAAAUGAAUACCAUUACCAUCACUCUUUCCCCUCUUUAUAUCCUGAUAGAUUCGUUGGCUGAGCCGUAUGUGAUUGUGCCGAGACUCAGGGAGGGUGAGGUGGGGAAUCUGACUUGCACUGUUCCAGCGCCUUGCCCCAGUAACCCUCCAAAUGUAACAUGGGAUCCUGCAUUAGGUGGGAUAACACAAUGGACACAGCUGAAUGCUGAUGGGACACAGAAUGUUUCUGCCAUUUUGAACUUCGUCCCAUCGUUCCACCAUCAUGAGCUGAAAGUGAACUGUGUUUCCAUGCAUCUGCUAGACAGACAGGACAAACCCCUGCUCAGCCACAAGACCGUCAUCCUCAAUGUGGAGUAUCCUCCUAAGGAAACACAGAUCUCUCUUACAGGCUGGCUUGGUAAUAAUGUAACCCUUAGUUGCCAAAGUAAUGCCAACCCUCCAGCGGUCCACAGGUGGUUCAUGAAGAAGGAAGGUAUAGUGGAAGAAGUGGGUGCCUCGCGUGUGCUUUCCUUUACUGUGACCCAUAAUAAUAGUGGGGAAUACAUUUGUGAGGCACAGAACCAACAUGGUGCAGGGAACUCCACAAUCCUACAGAUCAAUGUCCCAGGCAUGUCAUUCACUCCUUUCCUCGCAGUUUUGGCACUGUUCUCAUUGAUUUUAUGUGCAAUUCCUAUUGUUCUGAUUUACAGAAGGUAGGAUC